UCGUCAACAUCCAGGGGAAAAUCUCUAACCUUGAGCCAUCAUCCGUGCCUGGCGCGCCAAACCACCCAACCAUAAUCGGAUCUCCCUCCCCAAGCCGCUUCUGUCGGUCUUGUCCCGGUUAGGAGACAGAGACGGCAUCGAAGACCGACAUAUAUAUCGGUCUAUCGGAGUCUUCUUCUCACAGUCUCUCUUUUUGUCCUUCCUCGGUCUCGUCCUUUAGAUCACUCAUCAGACAGAGUAUUCACGAUGCCAUUCCCUCAGACUCUCGAGGCUAAGCCUCGGGUGAUCUUCUUCACCGACUUUGACGGCACAAUCACCCUUCAAGACACCAACGACUUCAUCACAGACAACUAUGGCAUGGGCUACGAGAAGCGGCGGAAACUCUUCCACGCGGUCAUCGACAAGACCGACACCUUCCGCAACACAUUUCAGCAGAUGGUAGACUCCUGGAACAUGCCAUUCCCGCAGGUCCUGGAGAUCCUGAAGGAGAACAUCAGCUUGGACCCGGCGUUUCGGGAUUUCGUGCUGUGGGCCCGCGACAUGAAGGUCCCCGUCAUCGUGCUGAGCAGCGGCAUGGCCCCCGUGCUGGAGGCCCUACUGGACCAUCUGCUGGGCGAAGACCUGAUGAAGGAUCUGGAGAUCGUGGCCAACGCGACGCAGUUGGUCCCGCCCGAAAACUCGCUCGAAAAGCCUGGCGGCUGGACGAUCCGGUACCGUGACGACUCGGGCUUCGGGCACGACAAGUCUCUAACGAUCCGCCCUUACGCGGAUGCGAUUGCCAAGAUGCCCGCGCAUGAGAGACCCACGCUGCUGUAUGCGGGCGACGGUGUUUCCGACCUGAGUGCCGCGCGAGAGACGGAUCUCUUGUUUGCCAGAGAAGGCAUGGAUCUCGUGACGUACUGUGAGAAUGAAGGAAUUCCCUUCACAGAAUUCAGCGGCUGGGAGAGCAUCCUCGAAGAGACAAAGGACAUCUACGACGGCAGGAAGACGGUCAAGAACCUGGCCGAGGAGGGUCUCAGGAGGCAUCGGACCAAUUCUAUGGAGUCAAACGGGGCGGUCAAGCCCACGAUCAGGUGAACCAUUGUGAGCGGCUCAAUUUAGCAUUGCACGCCUCGAUAUGGAUGGAAAUAGAGGGUUAUAGCAUAGAAGAUCAUGUGAUGGAAUCUUCUAAAACGAUAUUUUGGGAAUAGACGGCAAACAUCUAUAGCAAGUUACAAAACAGACAGCGAUAGACUUCGGAACACAUAGAUCACGUUGCGUGGAUGACUUUAAAAAGGCGUAUUGAUGCACUACUAUGGUAUUCAGAC